UGUCUGUUCAUUCUGAGAAACAAAUCACUUUUCAGCCUGACUGAUAAGACUAGAGCUAGCCUGCUGCUGGAAGGUUAUCCCUUGUUAGUUACAGACUACAAAUCGCCCACGCAACACAUUGGAAACGAGAUUCAGAGGUUAUGCAUCACUGUAAACAGAAUCUGAAGACAUUACGCUUAGUUCACCAUGUUUGAUCACAAUGGAGAAGCCUUUAUUUCUUCAUUGCAAAAUAAUAGACGUGCUUGUAUUGCACCCGUGUGUCUGGAUUCUAAGGAUAUGGAACACAAGACGCCUGAGGUCAAAAAGGAAUUUGUUGAUCGCCAGUGCUUGUUUCAUAUAUGCGUUUUUUCUUGUUGCUCAAGUGGGGCUAGGUGUUCCACGAGACAUGGUAUCUGAAAGACAGAAAUACAAAAGAAGCGAAGAGGUCCAUGUGUCAAAGCUCGAAUCCCCUUUGGACAGCACACAGAGUCGCGCUAUGCGCGCUGGGGAUACCUCUCCGGAUAUAUAUUUUUCAUUACAGCCCAAUGUUGUGUAUAUCACACUAAAAUCCAAACGCAGCAAGCCUGCAAACAUCAGGGGGACUGUGAGACCAAAACUUCGGAGGAAGCACUCGAUUAAAAAAGCAGAAGUUGACCAAAACGGGUUACAGUUUUUGGGGGGCGCUGAUCACCUCAAUGAGGACAACAGGUUGGUAUCAAAUAAUAACAAGGGCUACGGAGAUGAAAUUGCAAGGAAAACAACACAGUCAGAUGCACAAGUUAAUUCAGAUAUUAAACGUGCAAUUCCACGCCAGAAGAUGGGGAUGGUUGGGCUAGAAAGUAAUAUAAGGAUAUACAGUGAGAGUGCACCGCCUUGGUUGAGCAAAGAAGAUAUUGAAGCACUGCGCAUUCUGGCUGAUUGUAAUGUCACCGCGAUUCAGGACGAUCCUUCUAAACAUCGGGGCUUGAUCCUGUUUGAAAGUGCAGGUGACCUUUCACUGAGGCCCUUGGGUGAAAGCAUCAACGGGGUGGAAGAAACAUCUUUUUGUCGAGGACGAUGUGGCCUUGUUAAGAGACCCAUGGAUAUGAGUGAAGUAUUUGCCUUCCAUCUGGAUAGGAUCCUGGGACUGAAUAGAAGUUUUCCAGCUGUAUGCAGGAGAUUUACCCUUUUUCAAGAUGGCCACCCCUGUCCUGUAAUCUUGUGGGAUUCAUCCCUCUCUCCAGCAGACAAUGAGGCACAGUCUACAGUGAGACUUAACUGGGGAUCUUACCAGCACUCACUUAAGCAAAAAUGUUGGCACCGUGGUAUAGUGCCCAAAGCAGAGUGGGGAUGUUCAAAUGUACACCACUUUGAAUGGAGCAAGUUGGCCCUCUUUGAUUUUAUGCUGCAGGUCUAUAAUCGCCUUGACAGGAAUUGCUGUGGAUUCAGACCUCGAAAGGAGGAUACCUGUGUAGAGAGAGGCUUGCAUCUGAAAUGUGAUGACCAAGACAGCGUUGAGCUGGUGCAUAUUAUUCAGAGAAAACUGGAUCCGAGGCAUUUGGUUUUCAUUGACAACAGGGGAUAUUUUGACAGAGGUGAAGACAAUCUGGAUUUUAAAUUGCUAAAAGGCAUUAAGGAGCUUCCUGAAUCUGCAGUGUCUGUGCUGAAGAGUCAACGUCUGCGAGAGCGGCUCCUCCAGUCUUUGUUUCUUGAUAAAGUUUACUGGGAAAGUCAGGGAGGCCGCCAAGGAAUCGAGAAGCUGAUUGAUGUGAUCGAAAGGAGGGCAAAGAUUCUCCUUACUUACAUUAAUGCGCAUGGGAUCAAAGUGAUACCCAUGAAUGAGUAAAAGCUGCAGUGAUUUGCUGAGCCUCGUGACCAGAAAGCCACACUGGUUAUCUUGCACCUGUCUAACUUACAAGAAACUGUAAUAGUGCUGCAGUAUGAGAAUGGGAGGUAGAUGAUCAGGUUAGAUCUUGAAUUUUGGUAGGAUUGUCUGUGUUUUACGUGUGGCUUACUUCCAGUCCAGAAUUGAAAGAAGUAUCAUUUCAAAACAAUAAAAGCGCUAUGUAAAAAAAAAAUAAUAAUAAUUAGAGAGCUAAUAGAAAUCUGUCCUAUUCCAGUUUGUAUUUGUGUGGGAAUUCCACCCCCCCAAAAAAAAUAAAAUAAAAUUGUUUGGCUGUA